AUGGGUCUUUUAUCUAUUGGUACACCUUUAAGUUGGGAUGAAUCGAAAAAGUAUAAUAAUCAUGUUAGAACCAAUGGGAUAUCUCAAUUGAUUAAUAUCUUCAAACAACAUUCAUAUCGUGAAAAUGAUCUGUUCUUAUGGGGUGAUGAGGUUGAAUAUAUGUUGGUUGAUUUUGAUGAGACCAAUCAAACUGCCAGAUUAUCAAUUGAUAAAGAUUAUAUCAUUAAUGAUUUGAAUGACCCAGAUAAGUUAUUACCACUAGCUAAAAGAGAAGACGUUAGUUAUCAUCCGGAAUACGGUAGAUUCAUGGUGGAGGCUACUCCUGGUAAACCAUAUAAUGGGAAUUUGUUGCUGGAUUACUUGUAUAUUGAAAAAAAUAUGAUUAUUCGACGUCAAUUAUGUGAAGACAAUUUACCUUCCAACAUUAAAUUAUUAACAUUGACUACUUUCCCAAGAAUGGGUUGUAAUGUAUUUACUUCACCACCAUCAAAGCCUAAUGGUGUUGCAUCACAAUCAUUGUUUUUACCUGAUGAAAUUAUAAACCGUCAUGCCAGAUUCCCAACAUUAACUGCCAACAUUAGAAAAAGAAAGGGCCAUAAAGUUGCCAUUAACUUACCAAUUUAUCCCGAUAAAUCGACAAAGCUUUUAGAUGAUACGAUACCUAAAGAUCGUGAUUUAUUUGAAAGUGAUAAAGAACCUUGGAUUGGUGCUUCUAAACCAGGUUUUGUGUAUAUGGAUUCUAUGGGAUUUGGAAUGGGUUCAAGUUGUUUACAAAUCACCAUGCAAACGAAAAACAUUAGUCAAGCUCGUUAUUUGUAUGACAGUUUAGCACCAAUUGCACCAAUAAUGUUGAGUUUAUCUGCGGCAGCACCAAUAUUUAAAGGGUUUUUAGUUGAUCAAGACGUUAGAUGGAAUGUUGUUAGUGGUGCAGUUGAUGAUCGUACAUUUAUUGAAAAGGGACAAGAGCCUUAUCCUGGUUAUCAUUUAUUUGGCGGGUUAGACAUUGAUGCUCAAGAUAAAUUGAGAAUUAACAAUCAUCAAAUAAAUCAACAAGGAGAUUUAUUGGAUUUGUACACUAAAGAUGGGAAACCAAUUCAAAGAGUUCCUAAAUCAAGAUAUGAUUCAAUUGAUAAUUAUUUAAACGAUAAUUAUUAUGAUACAAAAUAUUUUCACGAUGCAUAUAAUGAUCUAAAUGCACCAAUAAAUGAGGAAGUUUAUCAACGAUUGAUCAACGAAGGAAGGCUUGAUAAACAUAUGGCCAACCAUUUUGCUCAUUUAUUUAUUCGUGAUCCAUUGGUUAUUUUCAGUGAAAGAAUAAAUCAAGAUAAUAAUUUAGAUAAUGAUCAUUUUGAAAAUAUUCAAAGUACAAAUUGGCAAACUUUACGAUUUAAACCUCCAGCAUUAUAUACUAAAGAUACUGAUUUGGCCACUAAACCUGGAUGGAGAGUUGAAUUCAGACCAAUGGAAAUUCAAUUGACUGAUUUUGAAAAUGCGGCGUAUUCAUCGUUUAUAACUUUAUUAUCCAAGGCAAUUUUGAAAUUUGAACCAAAUUUUUAUAUCCCAUUGCUGAAAGUGGAAAUCAACAUGAAAUUAGCUCAUAAGGUUGAUUCUACAUUGAAAGAUAAAUUUUGGUUUAGAUCAUUUGAAUUAUGGAAUAUCGACACCCAAAAAUUUGAUGAUUAUGGGUUUGAAUGGUUUGAUCAAUUCAUUAAUGGCAACCAACAAAAUGGUCACAUGAACAAUAAAACCAAUGACGAUCCAAGCCAAAUAAUUAAUGGUUCUACCAAUGGUACAGAAGCAAAUGGUACGAUGUUACCUAAAGGAUGUGAAGGCAAGACAGUAGAAGAGAUUAAUGAUGUUGAUGAUAAUGGUAUCGAUCAAAGAUAUACAGUUUGUCAAUUGAUUAAUGGUAGUGGUAAAUUCCCUGGUUUUAUUAAGUUAGUAAUUAAAUUGAUUGCUACUGAUUUAGUGCCACAAGCAUUAAAAAAUUCAUCGAUAUCUAGAGAACAAUUGAUUGAAGAAUUGGUAAGGUUGAGAUCGUAUUUAUAUUUACUUUCUGCAAGAGCAAGUGGUGAAAUACCCACCACAGCACAUUGGAUAAGAAAUAAAGUAUUACAACAUCAAGACUAUAAGCAAGAUUCAAAAGUAUCUGAAAAAAUAACAUUUGAUUUGAUUGACGAUUCAAUAAAGAUCACAGAAUUAAAAGAUAGACAAUUGAUAGAGGGUUUCUUGGGUAUUGACAUUACUGAAUAUUUAAUGGCAUCAAAAUAA